AUGAGCGCCUUCCUCUCACCAAGCCUGGACCGUGUGCGUGAUUUCCAACCUUUGCUCGUUGGUCUGUCAUUGAUCUUCUGCUAUGGACUCUACCGGUUACUCCAAGUCGGAAGACGUGACCCUCGAAUGCCGCCUGGGCCGCCGACCUUGCCGAUCAUUGGGAAUCUUCAUCAGAUGCCACUGACUGGCAUGUACAAACAAUUCAAGACAUGGGGCGAGCAGUACAACGGCAUCUAUUCCCUCAAAUUUGGCCCAACCAACUUCAUCGUUCUUUACGACCGGAAGGCUAUUCACGAACUGGUGGACAAAAAAGGCACCAUCUACGCCGACCGGCCCACCAGCUACGUCGCGGACCUGGUGACUAGCAGUCAGAGCUUGGUCUUCUCCAAAUACACUCCAGUGAUUCGGAGCAAACGAAAGAUCGCAACACACAACCUCUCGGUAAGAAGGCGUCCUCGCAAACAGUUGGUGGUGGCUGACCUGGUGUCUAGGGUCACAUGCCUGCUCAACGAUUUGGUGCAGGAUCCGGAAAACUUCUACAAAUAUGUCAGGCGCGUCACGUCCUCGAUCGCUUGUAUCUUGGUCUUCGGUCAGCGCGGCAAGACGUAUGAGAACUUCUGGGGACAUCAUAGGCUGACCACUAGACAGUUUGGGGAGGCACUGGAGCCUGGUGCCAAUCCGCCAGUAGAUGAACUGCCCAUUCUGAAGUAUUUCCCCGGAAGAUGGAAGACGCGGGCUCGACACGCGGCCACGGUGAUGCACGAUAUCUGGACCGAAGCACGGGACCGUGUCAACGAGCGUCGUGCCCGUGGCGACCAUCGACAGUCGCUCGCGGACCGUCUGCUCACCGAAUACAGCGAGAAGGGUGGAUGUCCCAUGAGCGAUCAUGCCUUGACCAAGCUCUUUGGCGAGCUGGUUGAAGGAGGGGCCGAAACCACGUCGUCGUCCAUGUUGACCAUGAUCUUUUCCGUCGCGCGAAAUCCCUGGGUGCAGAAAAAGGCCCAAGUUGAGAUCGAUGCGCUGUGUGGCGCCGACAGGAUGCCCGAGUGGGCGGAUUUUGACAAACUACCUUAUAUCAACUGCAUUGUGAAAGAAGGCAUGCGCUGGCGUCCGGCUAUCGCCACGGGCAUCCCGCAUUGUGUGACCGAAGAUGACUACUACCAGGGCAUGCUGAUCCCCAAAGACUCGACCAUCUUCAUUCCCAUCUGGGCACUGCAUCACUCAGAGCGCUACGGCUAUGCCGACCCGCAUGCAUUUAACCCCGACCGCUACCUCAAUCACCCGAAGCUGGCGAAUGACUAUGCCGGGAGCCCGGACCACAACCAGCGCGAUCACUACGGCUAUGGCGCAGGCAGGCGGAUGUGUCCGGGUAUACAUCUUGCCGAGCGAAACCAGUGGCGCAUCACAGCCAAGAUUCUGUGGGCGUUUGAGAUCUCGGAGCCGACUGAUCCCAAGACGGGAGAGGUCCUUCACCUGGAUCCCGAGGCGUUUACCGAGGGCCUUCUGCACGCCCCCAAACCAUACAAGGUGGUGUUGAAGCCGAGGAGCGAGGCCCAUGUCCAGACCAUCAAGAGGCAUUAUGCCGACGCACUCAAGGUGCUGGCUCCUUAUGAGUAA